AUGUUCCUCCGAUCGCUCUAUGGGUCGCGCAUGCCUCAAACUCUCCACCCUCGUGUAGAUCCGCAAGCGUCCAGUUAUUGGGAAGAAGACACUACCAGUUCUCAGGAAAUUGCACGUGCUAUGGAAGAAGCUGAUGCAUCAGAUAAUGAUCCUAAAGAGGACGGUAAGACGAAGAAGAAAAACGUGCUCACAGCAGUUGCUUUGGCCGGAGACGAGCACGUCAGUCGUCACGAUUCAAGCCCAACACUAUCGUCUCAAUUGGCACUUUUGCUGGGAUCUGAUGGUAUGCCACUGGAGGGGCUGAGGGUUGAGGAUAUGAGCUCGUCGCCUGUCAAUACACAGCUGUCACCUUCUGGACUCAUUUCAAUUGCUGCUGCUGACGUUGACGAGGCGGCCACGAACAAUUUACAUAACGUGCCGCCUGUUAAUGGUGAACUGGACUUGGCAUUUAUUCAUUCGCUCCGUAGGGCGUCAAGUGAGUCCACUAUAGAAGUGAACGCUUCCAACCCGUUGCAUGUGACGAACACAGCACUUACCCAACUGCUUGGAUCUUUUCCUGCAUCCGGCAGGUCGACGUCUGACGACUCGGUGGCAGAUGGUGAAACGGCGGAAAGUAAGAGCAAGUUCUUCUCGCUCAUUCGCCGUCAUCUUAAUAUACUGGGAUCUACUUCAUCUUCGUCGGUGGCAUCUGCGUGUGAGACUGGAAACAAUGCGACCGAGGGUCAGAGUAAACUGCGCUUUCUUUCGCUGCUCCGUCGCAUUAACGAACUUCGCUCGCAGCAAGUCGAUGCCGACAGCUGGGAUGGUCUCCCGUACCCGCAGAUUAUCACACUUCCAACGUUCAAAUACCAGCUCCGUGAGCAUCUCGAUGGCAUAAACCAAACGGAAAACGAUCGCGAGGUAAGUAACACGGUUUGUGCAGUGUGCUGUGAUGAGUUUCAAACGGAAGAAGAAGUGCGCGCUUUACCGUGUCUGCACUUCUAUCACCGUGAGUGCAUCGACCAAUGGCUCAUGCAUCAUCGUCAGUGCCCAAUCUGCAAGCACAUUGUUGCCGUGUAUUAG